UUGAUAAAUUGGAACGGAAUUAUGAAUCAGAAGUGCAAAGUUUGCGGGGAGCCGGCUGCUGGCUUUCAUUUCGGUGCUUUCACCUGCGAGGGAUGCAAGUCAUUCUUCGGCCGCUCCUACAAUAAUCUCAACUCCAUUACGGAAUGCAAGAACAACGGCGAGUGUGUUAUCAACAAGAAGAAUAGGACAGCAUGUAAAGCCUGCCGACUACGAAAAUGUCUGAUGGUGGGCAUGUCAAAGUCUGGCUCCAGAUACGGAAGACGUUCAAAUUGGUUUAAGAUUCACUGUCUCCUUCAAGAGCAACAGCAAGCAGCUCAAUCACAGUCACCCCCCAGGAUGCCACAAUCUCCGCACAUGGCGCCUCCCUUUCCGCCUCAUCUGUUCCCUGGACUAGCGAGACCACGGUCAAAAGAAGAACUCGCUCUAUUGAGCCUCGACGAUUACAAGAUGCCCUGCUCUGGAUCCCCAGAUUCCCACCGAAGCGGCUCCUCACCUAAAUUAGAUGAGAAAUCAAGGCUCACACAAUCCCGGCCACCCGACAGACCCUUGACACCACCAAGAGAUGCUUUCCUCCAUCUUCCACUAGCCAAUAUAUCCUUGCCACACUUCCCACAUUCGCCGUUUCUACCACCGCACCAUUUCAAUACAUUCCCUCCAAACCAUCCAUUAUUAUUUCCACCUGGAUUCCAUCCGAUUUAUUCUAGACAUUUACUAGAUCACGCGGCACUCAGGCAGGUCGCUGAAAACAACAAUGACGUUAGAAUCGACGAUAACAACACGGACUCGUCGAAGCGAUUCUUUUUGGACGAGAUCUUAAAACAACAGAGAUCAAACCAGCCCGCACAGGAAGACGUCAUAUCGGAGGCUGAGUUCGUGCCAACACCUCCGGCAGAAAGGAGAACGUCAGAGUCACCGUUACAGGAAAAUCCGAUGGAUCUGUCCGUGAAAUCCGACGGUAGAUCGAGUUCAGCGAGACGAAGGUCCGAUGAUAGUGAGAUAAUCACUCCUGACAACGAUGACCCGGAGACUGGCAGCGACCGAGCGUCGGCCAGUGACGAAGAGGACAUGGCGUACUCUCAAAUAAAGAGGAUCAAACUCCAUCCUCUCGACUUAACGACUAAAGUCUGA